ACGUUUGGGUUUUUGUUUGCCAGCCCAUUUGGACCUCAUCGUAGGAAGGGGUUUAUUGGAGCGACAACGGGGAAGACAUUUGGCAGCAAGACGGGAGAGAAAGGAAUUGCAGAACGCGCUCGCAUUGUUCUUUCAUUUGCAACAGCGGCCGGCAACUACCUCAUACCCUCCGUCCCAACACGUCCCGACCAUAAUCUAGCUUAUACCCCCCAUGAGCGACGCCUCGGCGUCCCAAUACCCGCACCCAACGUCGGGCGCUCCAUCUUCCCCGGGUAGCAGCGCCGACUCUAUAUACGAUCAUGCCGGCCAAUACAUUUUUCAUCGCUCCACGGAAGGACUCUCAAAGGCCACCAUAGACCGCGCCACCGCUGCCAAGUACAAACUAGAGCACUUUUACAAAGGAGUUGUGACGGAAUGUGCUGAUCGAGAGGCGAGGCGAAAGGAAACAGAGGAGAGAAUUAGCCAGGAGCCGUGGACAGAGGAUCGAAAACAGCGACAAUUGGCUGCGUACGGACAGCGAGAAUCAGAGUUUCUUAGAUUGCGGCGCGUCCGAAUGGGUGUGGAAGACUUUAAUACUGUCAAAGUAAUCGGGAAAGGAGCGUUUGGGGAGGUUCGGUUGGUCCAAAAGUCGGAUACAGGCAAGAUUUAUGCCAUGAAAACUCUGCGAAAGACAGAGAUGGUUAAGAAAGACCAGCUCGCACACGUUAAAGCAGAACGUGACGUACUCGCCGAAUCCGUACAUACACCAUGGGUCGUACAGCUCUACUAUUCCUUUCAAGACUCAUUGUAUCUUUACUUGAUUAUGGAGUUUCUGCCGGGUGGUGAUUUAAUGACCAUGUUGAUAAAGUAUGAUACCUUCUCCGAAGACGUGACCCGAUUUUACAUGGCAGAGUGUGUAUCUGCCAUUGAUGCCGUGCACGGUUUGGGUUAUGUUCACCGGGAUAUCAAGCCAGAUAACCUUCUUAUUGACAAGGAUGGGCACAUCAAGCUUUCUGAUUUCGGAUUGUCAACCGGGUUCCACAAAACCCAUGAUUCGACGUAUUACCAGCGACUUUUGGACAAUUCAAACCCGGCGAGCAAGAUUGAUCAGAUUGGAACUCAAAAGAAUAUUGAUUUGACGUUUUCGCGCAAGGAUCGGAUGGCAACUUGGAAGAGGAAUCGGCGGGCCUUGGCAUACUCGACCGUGGGUACACCGGAUUAUAUUGCACCAGAAGUCUUUUCACAACGGGGCUACGGCAAGGAAUGUGACUGGUGGUCAUUGGGCGCCAUCAUGUUUGAAUGUCUGGUGGGAUAUCCGCCUUUCUGCUCAGAGAGCGCCCACGAGACAUAUCGAAAGAUUAUCAAUUGGAAAGAGUAUCUGUACGUUCCAGAUGAUGUGCACCUUUCCCGUGAGGCAGAGGAUUUGAUCCGGAGUCUCCUCUGCGACGCCGAAACCCGGCUAACGGCCCCCGAAAUUCGCUCCCACCCCUUCUUUCGUGGUGUUGAUUGGCACAACAUCCGUAAAACCCGCAGCCCGUUUAUCCCCCAACUCAAGUCCAUCACAGAUACGUCCUACUUUCCCACAGAAGAUUUGGUGGGUGUCCCGCAACAGGUGGGCGAGCAGGAGCACAUGGGUGGUGAUACGGGGACCAAUGGGACGGCAGAAUUUAUGUCGAAUCCUGGCAAAGAUUUGGCGUUUGUGGGCUAUACAUUCAAGAGAUGGGAGACGAUACGGCAUGAACUGUAGCUUUAGUAAAUACAUGAAGUGCAUAACCCCAAAAA